AUGUCGCGAGAUCAAAAAAUCACAAAAUAUCCAUUGUAUCCGUUGUAUCCGUUUCCAAAGAAUGAUUUAGAAUUAGAACAAGAUGCUAAAUGUUCAAAACUUUUACAUGAAUUAAUGAAAAAAGUUUGGGGUGGUAAUUUUGUUUCUCCUAUUGAACAAGAAUUAAAGAAUAAAAAAGAUUUUAAAGUAUUAGAUGUAGGAUGUGGUACUACAUGCUCGUGGAUUUUAGAACUUUCAAAAACAUAUCCGUUAGCAAAAUUUAUUGGAUUAGAUUUGUUAACACCUUUACUUCCUAAAGAUUUUUCACAAAAUAAUUUACAAUUUGUUCAAAGUGAUAUUUUAAAGGGUUUACCUUUCGAAGAUGGGUCCAUAGAUUUUGUACAUAUGAGAUGUCUUACAGCGGCAUUCACUGAAAGACAAUGGGAAGAAGUUGUUAUUAAAGAAUUAGUCAGAGUAUGUAAACCAGGCGGAUGGAUAGAAUUAUUAGAGAUUGAUGUUGAUGGAAAAUCACUAGGACCAACAUCUAAACGUAUCAUAUCAGCUUGCAUGGCUAAGUUUGAAAAUCGAGGAGUUAAUGGGUUGAUAAGCGAAGAAAUCCCUGAAUUCUUUGAAUCUACAAAUCAAGUUGAAAUUUAUGCGGAAGAAAAAUAUAGUCCCAUCGGGAAUUGGGGAGAUGAACUUGGAAAAUUAGUAAGUUUUUAUAUUUUAUAA